GGAAGGGGAAGGGGGGCGCCGAGGGAAGAUGGCGGCGGCGGCGGAGGCGACGACCACGGUGGUGGACGAUGCGGAGCUGCGGGAGGCGCAGCGGGAUUACCUCGACUUCCUCGACGAUGAGGAGGACCAGGGCGUGUACCAGGGCCGGGUGCGGGAGCUCAUCGGCGACAACCGGAACCGCCUCAUCGUCAACAUCGACGACCUGCGGCGCAAGAACCGGAAGCGGGCACACCGGCUCCUGAACAACGCCUUCGAGGAGCUGGUGGCCUUCCAGCGGGCCCUGAGGGAUCUGGUGGCCUCGGUGGACGCCACCUACGCCAAGCAGUACGAGGAGUUCUACGUGGGCCUCGAGGGCAGCUUCGGCGCGAAGCACGUCUCGCCCCGCACCCUGACCUCCUGCCUCCUCAGCUGCAUCGUCUGCGUGGAGGGCAUCGUCACCAAGUGCUCCCUGGUGCGCCCCAAGGUCGUCCGCAGCGUCCACUACUGCCCGGCCACCAAGAAGACCGUCGAGCGGCGCUACGCCGACCUCACCUCCCUCGUGGCCUUCCCUUCCGGCUCCGUCUACCCCACCAAGGAUGAGGAGAACAACCCCCUGGAGACGGAGUACGGCCUGUCGGUCUACCGGGACCACCAGACCGUCACCAUCCAGGAGAUGCCCGAGAAGGCCCCGGCCGGCCAGCUGCCCCGCUCGGUGGACGUCGUCCUGGACGACGACCUGGUGGACAAGGCGAAGCCGGGCGACCGCGUCCAGGUGGUGGGGACCUACCGCUGCCUCCCCGGGAAGAGAGGGGGCUACACCUCCGGGACCUUCAGGACCGUCCUCGUCGCCUGCAACGUGAAGCAGAUGACCAAGGACGUCCAGCCUUCCUUCUCGGCCGACGACGUCGCCAAGAUAAAGAAGUUCAGCAAAACCCACUCCAAGGACAUCUUCGAGCAGCUGGCGCGGUCGCUGGCGCCCAGCAUCCACGGACACGACUACGUCAAGAAGGCCAUCCUCUGCAUGCUGCUCGGAGGGGUGGAGAAGGUCCUGGACAACGGGAGCCGAAUCCGCGGCGACAUCAACGUCCUGCUCAUAGGAGACCCGUCGGUGGCCAAGUCGCAGCUCCUGCGCUACGUGCUGUGCACGGCUCCCCGGGCCGUCCCCACCACCGGCCGCGGCUCCUCCGGCGUGGGACUCACCGCCGCCGUCACCACCGACCAGGAGACGGGGGAACGGCGGCUGGAAGCGGGGGCCACGGUGCUGGCCGACCGGGGCGUGGUCUGCAUCGACGAGUUCGACAAGAUGUCCGACGCGGACCGCACGGCCAUCCACGAGGUGAUGGAGCAGGGCCGCGUCACCAUCGCCAAGGCCGGCAUCCACGCGCGCCUCAACGCCCGCUGCAGCGUCCUGGCGGCCGCCAACCCCGUCUACGGCCGGUACGACCAGUACAAGACGCCCAUGGAGAACAUCGGGCUGCAGGACUCGCUGCUGUCCCGCUUCGACCUGCUCUUCGUCGUGCUCGACCGGAUGGACCCGGAGCGGGACCGCGAGAUCUCCGACCACGUGCUCAGGAUGCACCGCUACCGGGCCCCCGGCGAGCGGGACGGCCACGCCAUGCCCCUGGGCGGCGCCGUGGACGUCCCGGCCACCGACGACCCCGACUUCGCCCGGGAGGACGGGCGGCGGGUGCAGGUGUACGAGAAGCACGACGACCUCCUGCACGGGCCCGGGAGGCGCAGGGAGAAGACGGUGAGCGCGGCCUUCAUGAGGAAGUACAUCCACGUGGCCAAGAUCGUCAAGCCCGUGCUGACCCCGGAGGCGGCCGGCUACAUCGCGGACGAGUACUCCCGCCUGCGCGGCCAGGACUCCCCGAGCGACGACGUGGCCCGGACGUCCCCGGUCACGGCGCGGACGCUGGAGACGCUGAUCCGCCUGUCGGCCGCCCACGCCAAAGCCCGCAUGAGCAAGACGGUCGAGCUGCGGGACGCCGAGAGCGCGGUGGAGCUGGUCCAGUACGCCUACUUCAAGAAGGUCCUGGAGAAGGAGAAGAAGCGCAAGAAGAACCCGGAGGGCGACGAGGAGGAGGAGGAGGAGGAGGAGGAGGAGAGAUCGCGGGAGCGGCCCGAGUCCGGAAGGAAGAGGAGGAAGACGCGGUCGGCCGAGGCCCGGGAAGGAGGAUCCUACGACCCUUACGACUUCAGCGACACGGAGGGGGAGAUGCCCCAGGUCCACACCCCCAAAGCGCCUGAACCGGAGGAGCCCGGGGAAGCCGAGAAGACGGAACUGCCCGAGCCGAGGUUGAAGGCGUUCAAGGCCGCCCUGCUGGAGGCGUUCCGAGAGGCCCGCGCGCAGUCCGUGGCCGUGGCGAGCCUCGCGGCCUCCGUCAACCGCGACAACCCCGAGCCCUUCGCCCCCGCCGAGGUGCGGGCCGCGCUGGACAGGAUGCAGGACGACAACCGGGUCAUGGUCUCCGACGACGUCGUCUUCCUCAUCUGAAGCCGCCGGCCCCGGACCCGGCGGGUCCCCGGGGCCUGGAUGCCGGCGGGGACCGCGCCCCUCCGGGGACUUCGGGGUCUUUCCUGAAUAAAUGCGGAAUCUCAGAUGUC